AUGUCGCUUCAACCAUACAUCAAUAAGAGAGUUCUGAUUCUCACCGUGGACGGUCGCACACUUUUGGGUACCCUGCUCUCGACCGACCAACUUACCAACCUUGUGCUCACCAACACCAUUGAGCACGGGCUCUACCUGAUCCGAGGAGAUAAUGUUGUCAUCUGCGGCGAGGUCGACGAGAAGAUCGACGGAGAGAUUGACUGGAGCAAGGUCAAGGGCGAAGUGAUCCGAGACACCAAGAAUGCAUGA